AGUUGUCUGGUGUCUGUUCUCUGGUGUUGGCAAACGUAGCUGCCUCGAUCGACGUUCCGUUCGCGAUUCUAAGCUCGCGUACUCGCACGCAUACUAAACAACAAAAUAUAUACUAUAUAUAUACAGCCAUAGCUGUGUGUUCACUGAUCCGAUUAGAUUAAAAGAGUUCACUGUUAAUUGCACAAUAUGUGGCGCUUACUCUUGACGCUUGUGGUGCUGGCGAGUGCGGCUCGCUCGGAGACGGAGCUGUGGCGACAUGAUCUUCGCAGUCCCGAGACCCAGGCCUACAUAAUGCGGCUACAGCAGGAGCAGGCGCAGGUGCAGGCGCAACAGCAGCCAGACAAGCUACAGCCACUGCCACUGCCACAAGCACAGCCACUGCCACAAGCACAGCCACAGGCCAUACAGCAGCCCCCCAUACCGGAAUCCGCACCACUGGCAUCGCCCGGCCUUGUCAACAGGUACUCAAACACUCAAAUAAAUCCAACAACUGCGAGUGCUCCCAGCUCUGCCUGGGCUGGCGGUGUCCCCAGUUCUGGCUCCGGCUCCGGCUCAUCCUACGUGGACGUUGCCAGCUCCGAUCAGAUAGCUCGCAGCGUCUUGAACUUCGCCCAGAAUCUGGCGAAUCAACUGAGCGUUAGAAAUCGCAAGACCGAGGUAUUCUCGCCCCUCAGCAUUGUCUCCUCGCUGGCACUGCUGCUGCUCGGCGCCAAGGGGCGCAGCUACCAGGAGCUGUCCUCGGUGUUUGGCAUGUCGGAUACCAUUAAACUGCACCAGCAAUUCGGCCAGAUGCUGCAGGAUGUGCGCCAGCCCACACGGGACUUGGUGUCCGCCCAGCGGCCACUGGUACCGUGGCGCAUAAACAACGGCCAGCGCACAUAUCGACGCUCCCAGCGACCCGCACCCCACGAGGUGCAUCUCGCCAACGGACUUUUCACACAGCUGGGCUACACGCUCAAUGCCGGUUACAGUCAAGUGAUUCGCGACAUAUAUGGCUCUGAUCUGGAGACGCAGGAUUUCGAGGCAAGUCCGGCCAAGGCGCGUUACAACAUCAACAGCUGGGUGGCGGAGCACACCCGCAACCAUAUCGACAGCAUCAUAUCGAGCGACAUACCACAGAGCACCCGAAUGAUCCUGGCCAAUGCCCUGUACUUCAAGGCCUUCUGGGAAACGGAUUUCAUUGAGUCCGCCACCAAGCCGGACAGUUUCUAUCCGAACGGCGAGGGCACACAGCCGGUGCUGAGCGUCCAGAUGAUGGCGACGGGCGGCAGUUUUCCGUAUCACGAGGACCAUCAGCUGGGCUGCAAGAUCCUGGGCCUGCCCUAUCGCGGCAACCUGAGCACCAUGUACAUCAUUCAGCCCUUCAAGUCGUCGGUGGACAAGCUGCAGAUGCUGCAGCAGAGACUGAACGCGGACGUGAUCGAGGACAUGAUCAGCAAAAUGGUUCGCCGCUCGGCCGUGAUGGCCUUCCCCAAAAUGCACAUCACAGAGUCCGUUAGCCUGAAGACCAUGCUCCAGCACAUGGGCCUGGGCGGCAUCUUCAGCACCGUCCAGAAUGACCUCUCUCUGAUUGCCACAAACGAGGCGCAGUCGUCGUCGGCGGCAAGCGGUCGUUCAGCCUCUGCCGCGUCAGAGCGACUGAGCAAUAGUCUGGGGGGCAACGGCCUACAGAGUUUGGAGGCCCAGCGACGUGCCUCGCCCGCGGCACGCUCCGAUCUAGUGGUGGAUGACAUUGUGCAUAAGGUUGACUUCACCGUCAACGAACAGGGCACAGAGGCAGCGGCAGCCACCGUCACGUAUGUGAAGAAAUCCGGACCCGAUGUACUCUUCCGGGGCGACACACCAUUCAUUGUCUUGGUGCGCCACGAUCCCACUAAGCUAAUCAUGUUCUAUGGCAUCAUCAAUGAGCCGCCAACGGCUAAUUAGGUUUCCCCUCGAAAGUCUGGGAAUUAAUGCGUAAGAUCGUUGACUUUUUAGUUAGGCAUUUAAGAAGCAAUUUAAUCUGAUAAUAAACUAAGUGAAAUAGUGUACAACAAAUGGAGGCUAAUUCUGUUUUGAGUUUGAGUGUUGUAUUAAAUAUUUUUAAUUUAA